UGCAGCCAUAACCAAAACCAAAACCAAAACCAAAACCCUUCCCCAGAGAGAGAGAAAGAUGGGAAAGACGGCGAGGGAGAAUCUGAAUCGGAUUCUGAUUGAACAUCUGAACACCAUCCAUGAAACCUUUCAGGUGUUGGAUCAUGCCCCCGAUUCAUCUCAUGAAAAAGUUAGCUGGGAAGAGGUUAUUAAAAUGGGUGAUCAAGUUUCCAAGCAAGCCACUAUAGCUGGAAUGCUUUGGACUGGAGAAAGGCCAGAAGUUAAAGAACUUGAGGAGAACAUGGCAAUAUACUUCAAUACGCUACAGGGUUUCCUUCUGCUUUCCCAUGGAAGCAAAGUAGGUGCAGGACCUACACUCUAUUCCUGCAUGCAUUCAUCUGUGAAGCGAGUAGUUGAUAGCAGUUUCAUGCUAUUUAAAGAGUCCGUUUCUCUAUACGGAUCUCAUAACAAAGACCAAAUACUAUCAAUUCCUCAGCUGGUAGGCACAGUAUGGGAAGCAUGUUCUGCUCUUAAGAAGUCUCCGAGCACCAAUAUCACUGCAAUAGGGCGAGCAAUGACGCAAGUUGCAGUUUCCAUGAAGGACGUUCUUCGUGAGAUAAAGGAGCUCAAGCCAGCUUCAAUGGAUGAAGCUUCUGAAGAGCCUUCCUUGAAAAAGGCCGAAAGCGAGCCCCAUGACAGUGAUAAUUCAUCUGGAGGCGAGCUGGGCAAUGACCUCUCACCUGAAGACAUGAAAUUUGCUCAACUAGCAAGCGGGGUCGUCUCUGAUGCUCUGGUUGUUAUAAAGGAACUCAUCCGGUCCAUCACUGCUUUGCUUAGGCAGGAAAACCAAGACAAGAGCAACGAUUUUGUGAACUCCUUGGAGAGACUGUUGAAGCUCUGCCAAGAAAUUGGAAUACAAGUUGAUAUGCUCGGCGCAUGUCUCUACCCGCCACAGGAAUUUCCCCAUAUGAAGGCAGCUGCGGGGAAAAUAUGGAGCAAUGUCCAAGAACUGCAGGCAGAGGUAGAUCACCUAAAAGGAGGGUCUUCUGAAACGCUGUCUCAAGCAUGUACUCGUUUAAGAGAUUCGGUGGCUCAAAUUGAAUCAGAGCUUCUUGUUGGUAUGAGCCAUGAGUUGGUGCCCAAAAUGGAGAAGCUAGACAUGGAGGGAUGAUAUGGGUAAAUGGAGAGAAGAACACACACACACACGCGUUGUAAAUGGAGGGGAGAGUAUUCAUUCAUCUUGUCAUCUUUGCAGGGUUGCAUACUUGAAAAAGCGGAAGUUUUUGGAGAUAUAUUGUUUCGUGUUUUUGUUUGUUGAGUCCAAUGGUGCAAGGAACAACUGAAUAAUGUUCUAUAGAUUUAUUAAUUAUUCAUUUAUUAGCCAUUGCUGUUA